AUGACAGCAUCUAUAGCAACAUAUCCACACGAAGUAGUUCGUACAAGGUUGCAAAACCAAACUUGUAAACCAUUUAAAUAUCUAGGAAUAAUGCAUGCAGUUAAGGUAAUAAGACACGAAGAAGGGUUUCUAGCCUUUUAUAAAGGAAUGUCAACCAAUCUUUUAAGAACUGUACCUGCAAGUGCGUUAACUAUUUUAACAUAUGAGGUUUUGGUUAGAAAGUUAAAUGCGAAUUCUGAUAAAGGUG